UGCGCCGGAAAGUGGCAUCAGGAACCCAGGCACGAUCACAUCCACCAGGCUUCGAAAACAUAUAGGGGGUUUUCAGUGACGUCACGGCUCGCCACCCAAAUAUGGUCGGCCGCCAUCUUGGGGGACAAGAUCAGCGCCUCGUAUACAGUAGAGUGCGUUGGAGUGGCGAAGUUAGGUGGGUUUAUUGAGAAGUUUCGUAUUAUUUGAGGACUUUUUGUGAAUCAGAAGUGUUUGAAGUCAUGCCUGGGACGAAGAGAAAGAGGGUUGAAGAUGAAAGUGGUAUGUUAUCAGGCUAUUUUGAGUCUAUCGCAGACGCCACUGCUCGGAAGAGGUACAAAGAAAAGCUGGAUAUAUAUCUUGGCGGAGUGGAUCCGUAUGAAAUACCAGUAAGGAACUGGAAAGAUAAUGUAGAUCUCUGGCCAUCUGUGAGCUACAUACAUGUGGGGAUGUACCUUCUUUGUUCAAGUAGUCCGUACACACAAGAUCAACUGAUGGACUACAAGAAUCUCGAUUGUCAUCAGAAGUUUGUCAGUGGUUGGGUGAGGGAAGUGUUGGUAAGGAAAGUUCCAGGUGGAAAAGUGUUGCUGAUAGCUAAGGUGAACCAUUCUCAGAAGCUGUCAGAGAAGCCUCUUGUUCCGUGGGUUGUGUGCGAGGAGUCAGGUCGUGUGCACACUGCUCACUGCAACUGCAUGGCAGGUUUGGGUGAGAGCUGUAGCCACGUGGCAUCUUUGCUGUGGGCAGCUGAAGCAGGAGUGAAGAAGAGGGACUCCCUAACAGUCACAGAUAAAAAGGCAUAUUGGGUGAUGCCAAGUGCUGUCAGUAAGGUGCAGCCAAAGCCAUUGCGCUACAUCCAGUUCACACCAGCUACAAGCAAACCAAAGGCAAAGCAUCACAUGCCUGUGGAUGGCCCAAGCCAGGGUGAACUGGACAGCCUGUUUAAGGCUCUAUCACAGAGUGGCUCAAAGCCAGCAGUGCUAUCUCUGAUCGAGCCAUAUGCUGAGGCCUAUGUCCCUGAAAGUCUGCACAGUGAUCUGCCACAGCUUGUUGGAGUUGUGUUUGACAAGGCCAACAUGGAACUGAGCUAUGAUCAGUUAGUGGAUUUGGGACUAGAGCAGAUGAAGAUCUAUGACACUACUGAAAAGGAAAGAAAAACUGUGGAGGAAAAGACAAGGAAACAAGCAAAAUCAAGUGUUUGGUUUUCCAUGAGAACAGGGAGAGUGACGGCAUCACAAUUCAAAGCUGUGUGUACAACAAAGACAAGGACCCCUGCCAUGAGCCUACUCAUGAGGAUAUGCUAUCCAGAGCUGUCAAAGUUCAAGUCACAACCAACACAGUGGGGGUGCAAGCAUGAACAGAAAGGACUGUCUGCCUACAAUGCCCUACAAGAAGGGAAGCACAGAGACUGGGAGCUGCAAGCCUGUGGGCUGUUCAUCGACAAGGAGCACGGCUUUCUGGCAGCCACACCAGACAGCCUGGUCACCUGCAGCUGCUGUGGCAAUGGAGUAGUGGAAGUCAAGUGUCCCUACUGCCACAAAGACGACACUGGGCCACUGCCACUGAUGGAGAACAACAUGUUCGAGAGAGAGGUGGACUCUGAAGGAAACGUUCGCACCCAGCUGAAGAGGAAUCAUGCAUACUUCUACCAGGUGCAAGCCCAGCUGCAAUGCAGUGGAACGGCCUACUGCGAUCUGGUGGUAUGGACGCCAGCAUCCGUGUACAUGGAACGGAUUGUGAAGGACCCGCUCUUCAUCGCCGAGAAGAUACAGCUGGCGCGAGACUUCGUCACGCUCUGUAUUCUGCCUGAGCUGCUAGGACGCUGGUACUCGCGCCCUGCUGUGAAAGACAAGGAAAACGCGGACCUCGCCACGGGCACUUCUCAAAGUGUGCUAGCUCCAGCUGUAGUAACAGGUCCCCGCCUUCCGUCGGUGACAGAUCCCCGUCCUCCUCCUGUGACGGGUCCCCGUCCUCCGCCUGUGACAGCUCCCCUCCCUCCGCCUGUGACAGCUUCCCGCAUCCUGACAGUCACAGGUCCCCGCCCUCCGCCGGUGACAGUUGCCCGCAUCCUGACAGUCACAGGUUCCCGGCCUCCGCCGGUGACAGCUCCCCGCCCUCCGCCGCUGGACAGCCACGCCCUGCACCGGCGACAGAUCUCCACACUCUGA